AUGAAGCAUAAGAUGAGAGCAGAAGACAAUGGUUCCACAAUAACACAAUUUGUACUCUUGGGAUUUUCUGACCUUCCAAACCUCCAAGGGUUUCUAUUUGGGGUGUUCUCCAUCGUUUAUGUUAUUAUCUUAAUUGGAAAUAGCCUCAUAAUAAUAAUAACCAAUCUUGAUGCUGCACUCCAGAAACCUAUGUAUUUUUUCCUGGCAAAUUUUUCUUCCUUGGAAAUCUGUUAUGUGUCUGUCACCCUCCCCAGGAUUCUGGUGAACCUUUGGACUCAGGACAGAAGCAUUUCGUGGUUGGGCUGUGCCACUCAAAUGUGCUUCUUCCUCAUGCUGGGAGCCACUGAAUGUUUCCUCCUCGCUGUGAUGGCCUAUGACCGCUACGUGGCCAUUUGUAACCCUCUGCAUUACCCUCUCAUCAUGAACCACAAGAUGUGCGUCCAACUGGCUGUUGGUGCCUGGCUUAGUGGAAUUCCAGUCCAGAUAGGACAAACAUGUCAGGUGUUCUCGCUGCCUUUCUGUGGUUCUAAUCAAAUUAACCACUUCUUCUGUGACAUCCCCCCAUUGAUCAAGCUGGCUUGUGGGGACACUUCACUUAAUGAGAUGUGUGUCUUUGUAGUUGCUAUAUUAUUUGCAAUGAUUCCCUUUCUAUUUAUACUUGGCUCUUAUGUGAAAAUCAUUUCCACCAUCCUAAAGUUGUCCUCAGCCAGGGGCCGGUCUAAAGCCUUCUCCACCUGUUCUUCCCAUAUCAUUGUUGUGCUUUUAUUCUUUGGAUCAGCUACCAUCACCUACUUAAGGCCCAAAUCCAUUCAUUCUGCUGGAACUGACAAAAUGUUGUCUCUUCUCUAUACCAUUGUGACUCCAAUGUUUAAUCCUAUGAUAUACAGCCUUAGGAACAAGGAUGUGAUUGCAGCACUCAGAAGACUGUUACUUAAAAAAAUAGUGUGA